AUGAUGAUGAGUGACGAAGAUAACCAGUUGUUGGUAACAUCUGCUUGGUCAAGGAGAAGAAAAUUUGCAUCGAUUGGUGUACUGUUCCUUAUCAAUUUGCUCAAUUAUAUGGAUAGGUUUACAAUUGCUGGUGUACUUACUCAAAUACAAAAAUAUUUUGAUAUCGAUGACUCAAGUGCUGGACUUCUGCAGACGAUAUUCGUAGUGUUUUACAUGAUGUUUGCUCCAGUUUGUGGUUAUUAUGGUGAUCGAUACAAUAGGAAAAUCAUUAUACAGAUCGGGUUAAUUGUUUGGAUGACAGCGGUCAUAUUAUCAACAUUUUGUCGUCCCGUACAUUUCUAUCUCUUUAUGUUAUGUCGUGGUAUUGUUGGUAUUGGUGAAGCAUCCUAUGUAACUGUCGCACCAACAAUAAUUGCUGAUAUGUAUACAGGAAAUCGACGAAGUUGUGCUUUGAUGGUUUUCUACUUUGCAAUACCAGUUGGAAGUGGAUUGGGAUACGCCACUGGUGCAGCUUUUUCAUUGUGGACAAAUACUUGGCUUUGGGGUGUCCGUGUAACACCCAUUUUUGGUAUCGUAUGCUUUUUGUUACUGUUUUUCAUUGUUGAAGAACCAGUACGUGGUGAAGCGGAGCAUUCUAAUCUUCUACCGUCUUCUUUUGUUGAAGACAUCAAAUAUCUGUUUACUGUACCGACGUAUAUUAUCACAACUCUUGGAUUGACGUUGGUAGUGUUUGUGGUUGGAUGCUUAGGAUGGUGGACACCGACGCUAAUGCAGUAUGCAUGGGCUGUGCACCACGGUACAAGCUAUAUUGAUACUGAAGUGAAGGCUGAGAUGGGGUUGGUAUUUGGAAUCGUCACAUGUCUUGCUGGAUUUUUCGGUGUUUUCUUCGGUUCAUUCUUAUCUCAAAUUUGGCGAUCAGGAUUUGGCAGUAUCCCGAAAAACGCUUAUGCCGAUUUGCAUGUCUGUGCUUUGGGUUCUCUUUCAGCGGUGCCAUUCCUCUAUUAUGGCCUUAUCUUAUCGUCAAAAAACAUGAUUUUGUGCAUGGUUUUUACAUUUUUUGCUGUAACCGGUUGUUGUGUUAAUUGGGCUGUCAACAUGGAUAUUUUAAUGUCUGUUAUAAGUUUACGUCGGCGAUCAAUAGCAACAGCUAUUCAAACUUUGAUUUCACAUCUUUUUGGAGACGCUUUUUCUCCAUAUCUGAUUGGACUUAUAUCAGAUGCAGUACGUGGACAUGAACGAUCUACUCUUGCACAUUUUAUUGCUCUUCAGCGUUCAUUAUUUGUACCAAAUUUUGUGCUUUGUUUCGGAAGUUUGAUGUUCUUGGUUGCAACUUUUUAUAUCGAUCAAGAUAGGCGAAAUGCUAUUGAAUUAGCGCAUGACGAACAGCUUACCGCUGAAAAUGGUUCGGAUACAUCACCGUUAUUAGAUGCUGUUGAGCGUGAACCAACGACUUGA